CUCCAAUUGAAAAAGUUUCACUCUUUCAACCUCAAAACAAUGUGAACGCAACAAUGGACUUCGACGACUCGUCCCGCACCUUGUCCGCAGGCAGCAUCGUCUCCGAAGAGACCCUGGUGCCCGAAGAACAGGAUGACCUCUCCGACGAGCAGAUCGACUUCCUGCUCCACCGCGCCAGCCUGCGCAUGAAGGGCCAAAACGGUGCGCUCGUCACCGCCCAAGGUCCGUCUUCGACAAGGCUGCCCACCCUCAAGGCAGCGUCCGAGCUGCCCAGGCCGUACACGAGCAUGGUGGGCGGCGUGGCCAAGGUUGUGGAAGCGAAGAGCGUGAGCGAGGAGCUGCGCAGGAUGGCCGAGAAGCCGAAGCGAAUCGAGGAUCCCGUGGCGUUGAGACGGGAGAAGAAAGAGCCGAAACCGGUCCUAAGCGAUUGGUACAACCUUCCCCGCACGAACCUCACCACGGAGCUCAAGCGUGACCUCCAACUUCUGAACAUGCGUUCUGUUCUCGAUCCCAAGCGUAUGUACCGCAAGCAGGGCAAGUUCAAGGUGCCGGAGUACUCGCAGGUCGGCGUCGUCGUCGAGGGUCCCACCGAGUUCUACAGCGCCAGAAUCGAGAACAAGCAACGCAAACAGACGUUCGUGGAAGAAGUACUUGCAGGAGAGAAAGAGAGCGGAAGAUUCAAAAGCAAGUACGAAGAGCUGCAGGCUGUGAAGAAGAGCGGAAAGAAGGGCUACUACAAAAGUUUGCAGCAGGCGAGGCGAAAAGCAAGGAAAGGUGGCUGAACGACUUUGGGCGAAGCUGUGACAGGAAGGAUCUAAAUGGUCCGACUCUAACUCUAUACAUGACAGCGUCCCGACGCGGGUCCGCAUCAGUGAUAUUGUUAGUCUUGUGCUCUCUUUCUCUCUCCCUCUAGCAAGCCUCAGAAAUGGAAGCGGGCCAGAAAUAACAGUGAAAUCCACAACACGGUGAAAGGAUGAUGGAUUCGGACACAACUAUGCAACGCAUGGGGAACUUCAAGUCUGCAAUAACUUGAAGCGGACGUGUGGAGUCCGGGGCUAUUUUUCGCAGGCUGGUUGUUUCAACCAAGCGCUAUGCUAAGAUUUCUACUCGGCUCCUGCUUGCCUACAGGACUGGCAUGCAAGGAUUUCGACGAGUUGCACAAGACAAGCAGCGAGCUUGAUGGUGGAUAGAAGAACUUCCGUUAAUGGCUACAAGAUGAAAAACACCGCCAUGCCUGAUAUUCAAGCGCCUGAACGCCUAUAUACAUAUGAUGAUCUCAGUUGUUGUCAAACAUUCUAGAGUCCAGACGAAAUGCAGUCUAAUCAAUGGUUGCAAAUGUGGUUUAUGGUCUACAUCUUCAAUGCACUCUUGAUGAAGUCUGCAAGCUCAUCCGACUUGGGCCCCUUAUUCAUCAUGCUGAAAUGGUUGACUCCUUCAAUAACCCCAACACUGACAUUGCAAUCUCCAACAAGGCUCUUCCAGCCUGUCGCAGAAAAGUCAGUCCGCGUGUUCAGUAGCCACUUCAUUUCCCUAGGGUCGUCAUCCCUGAUCUCGGGGCGCGGAUCCUCAGGCUUCAGCAUGUCGCACACGCCAUUUUUUGCGUAUACAAUGUACGUAGCUGGGCUGUUUCCUUGUUUCCAUGGAGCAAUCUUGUACUCAUCAAGCGUUGUAAGGAAGGCAUCAAAGUGAGCGCGGAGCCAUGUUGGUGGUGCUUUGCCUUCCAUGCCGAAAAAGUCAAGUUCGUCAAAGAAGUCAUACAUCCGCUGUGGAGGGUUCUCGAGUCCAAUGGGAUUGGGAGAGUCAAUCAGUACAAGGCUCUCUACAACAUCGCCAUCGGCAGCAAGCUGUUGCGCAGCAUCGUACGCACUGAUUCCACCGGCAGACCAGCCACCGAGGUGAUAUGGUCCACAUGGUUGGAUCUUUUUGAUAGCUGCGAUAAAUUUGGCGCUGAGCUGAGAGAAAGACACGCCGGCCAUGGACCAUGGAUCUUUCUGCCAUGGACAUGCAAGGCCAUAGACCGCCACAGAGGGGGAUAUCCUUGAGAGGCUUGCGUAGGAAAAGGCAGAGCCAGAACCAUCUGGAAAAAGAAAAAGCUUUUUCGUCGCAGUCUUCGCGUUACCUUGCAGGAGGUGGCUAGAAGCAUGCGGUGGACUCCUUACUGCAAACUUUGUUUCGGAAGUAUUGUUGCUUAGCUUCUGCUUUUGUUUUUCCAGAGUCACAUUCGAUACGGUUGUCUGCAGACCAAGUGCGCGAGCUACCUUCUCGAGUGUCUCAUUUUCCGCGAGUAGCAUCCUUGGAAUCUCGCUCUCGAUAAUCUCCUCUAGACGACUCAUAAUGUUAAGGCUGAGCAAAGAGUCAAUGCCGAGGUCUGAGAAAUUUGUCGAAUCACCAAUUUCAGAUGGUUCAAGUCCAACUUCGGCAGCAAUAACUGAUCUGAUGAGCUCGAUAGUCUUGUUGGUGCUCUUUUCAAGUGGCUCCUCUUUCUCGUCUUCAUCGCUAGUAAUAGAUGACGCGAGACUUAUAUUGUCAUCCAGAAGACUAUCGAGAUCGGUAGUACUGGAAUUGGAUGAUUGAGGUGUUAGAGUCCCUGGAGAAGCUUCGUUUUCUUUAACCCGGCUCAAGAAAGAGCUGAUUGUUGGACAUUCUGCAAAUGUACUGGAGUUGAUAUCCAGCCCAAGCUGAUCAUGCAUCGCUUUAGAAAUAUUGAGUGAGAGUAAAGAAUCAACUCCGCACUCGUCAAAGGUCGUGUCGGGUUUCAGUUCGUUGACAUCAAGGCCAACAGCCUCGGCAAUUAGAUUGAGAAUCGUGUCUUUAAUAGAUGACACCUUGUGCUUCGGUGAUGAAAUACUCUUCCCCUUAGAAAGAGCAUUUGAAAUUUUGGCUUCUUGAAGUUUGGGAGCAGGUGUUGUGGUGACUGGAAUUGCUCGCCGCUGCCCAGACGGAAGCAACUGGUCGAGUACACGACGAGGCACACCUUGAAACUAGUCUGCCAUCAGCAUUGAUAAAUAUUAG